UCGCUCAGAACUCACAUUUCCAAACCCUAACAAACCGCCAAAACCUCUCUCUCUCUCUCUCUCUCUCUCUCUCUCUCUCUCUGCAGAUCUCGCGCACCGGAGCAUUUUCCAGAGGUGUGAUUCCGGCUAAGCAUCAUUCCGUUUGACUUCUUCCGGAGUUUGCAUGGUCACGGGAUAUGGCAUCAGCUUGUGUAAACAACAUUGGAAUGUCGCCGGAGAAUUUUUCGCCUGCGACGUAUCCGUCGUAUGGUUGGCUGAGUCCUAGAAUAUCCUUCAGUCGAGAAGAAGAGUCUUCCUCCUGCACCAUUACGUCAGGAAACGGAAUUAAACCGAUGCCUCAGCCGUCUAAGCCGGAUCAUCCGGUGUCGGAUCAGUUGGAGAUUCAAGAUCCUGGUGAUUUUGAGUUCAGGUUGGAUGAUCCGGUUGCAAUGCUCCCCGCCGACGAGCUAUUUUCCGACGGUAAGCUCGUGCCGCUGCAGUUAUCUACUAUGAAGCAGCCGGUGACUGUGUUGACGGAGGUGAGAUCACCUGAUGCUGUAAAAGCUUGCAGGAGAACGGAGAUGGAAAUCUCGACGACGGAUCCUUAUUUGUUCUCUCCAAAAGCUCCUAGGUGCUCCAGCAGGUGGAGGGAGCUGCUGGGGCUCAAGAAGUUCUCUCAAAGCGUUUCGGUUAAAACGGAGCCCCAAAAAACGACGUCGUCUUCGUCGUCAGGUGUAAACCCCAAGUCUUUGAAGUAUUUUCUGCAUAGAAGCUCUAAAUCGUCUACCUCAUCGUCGGCUUCCUCUCUGGAAACUUCUCUGAGUCUGCCGCUGCUGAAGGACUCGGACUGUGAGUCACUCUCUAUUUCUUCCUCGCGUCUAUCGCUCUCUUCUUCGUCUUCAGGUCACGAACACGACGAUCUUCCCAGACUGUCUCUUGAUUCGGAGAAACCAGGCGUUAACGCGAACAUGAGUCCGAAUCCUUUCGCGCCAAGCCGAAGCCUAAACCCAAACCCUCCGAGGAUGAGAAUGGUGAAGCCAAGGGCAGGGGUUGGGUCGUCGGAGAACGGUCAGACGGCUACAGGAAGGAUGGGGAGAAGUCCGAUGAGGAGGUCGGCGGGGGAGGCAGGUGGGGUAGGGAGCAGGGGAGCGUCGGUGGACAGUCCAAGAAUGAACUCGUCGGGGAAGAUAGUGUUUCAGAGCUUGGAGCGAAGUUCAAGCAGCCCAAGUAGCUUCAAUGGUGGACCGAGGUUGAAGCACAGAGGCAUGGAAAGAUCCUACUCCGCCAAUGUGAGAGUGACGCCGGUUCUGAACGUUCCGGUAUGUUCUCUAAGGGGAUCUUCCAAGUCGGUUUCGGUGUUUGGGUUUGGUCAGUUGUUCUCUUCUCCUCAGAAGACCACUGUGGGAGGCCACAGAGGGCAACAGAGCAACAGUGGCAAGAACCGUUGAGGAUGGAGAAUCAUUCAUAGACAUGCGUUAGGGUUGUUAGGUGAAAGAUAUGGAAUCUCUGGUUUUUCGGUGUUGUAGGAGGGAGAGGAGAAUGGCGUAUUGUGAGGGGAGUGAGCUGCACGCGGGUUGAGGGGAGCGUGAGGGAGGUAAGUGUCAAUGAUAUGUUCCCAUGUUGAAGCUUAUCUAAUCUGUCUCUUUCAAUGAAAAUUUUAUUAAUAAUUUAUAUGCUGCGAGAUUUGUUGUUUACUGCGGAGUUUGGGAAAUGAUGCCAUGAUUCAAAAACACAGGCCACUGCCUUCCCCA